UCAUCCUAGGACUCUAUGACUGAGUGAGUCACCACCAGAAUGACAAAAAAUCACGAGAGAGGGAGUUACAUUCAUGAAUGUUCAUUUAUAUAAUAAGUCCAAAAAUGUGAGGUAGCAGAAGUGAGUUUGGUACAUGCCCCAGUGCCAGCUUUAUGACAUCAUAUAUAGAGUGAUAUGUUAUUGCUAUUGCUCACUUUCUUGGAAAAGAGCAACGGUGAAAGCAUGUUGGAAGGUAAAGCUGUGAUAGAGGAUACUGACAUGCCCCUCAAGAUGCAGAUCCAAGCCAUGGCAUCUGCUUCUGAAGCUCUUGAUCUCUAUGAUGUUUUGGAUUGCACAUCCAUUGCUGCCCACAUUAAAAAGGAGUUUGACACGAAGCAUGGUUCUGGAUGGCAGUGUGUGGUGGGAUCGAGUUUUGGGUGCUUUUUUACCCAUUCAAAGGGAACCUUCGUGUACUUUACUCUGGAGACUCUCAAUUUUCUCAUCUUCAAAGGGGCUUCUUCUGAUCAAGAACAUAUCUAGGCAAGUUAAAUAUAUGCAGCAACUCUCGAGUCAUUUAUCGAUUGGACCCUAUUAACAUGUUUUGAAGGGUGCUGUGCAGGGUGAUGAUGAUGUUCUUUUUUAUUUUGUAUAUAAUUAUGAUAAGUUCCUGUUCUUCAGUUCAUCUUUUUUGUUGUUUUGGAUAAGAUCCCCUUAAAUUUCUCUUCAUAUCGUGGAUAUUAUUUGUUCUUUCUCCAAAGAAAAAAGAAGAGUCGUGGCUAUACCAGAAAGAAGAAGAUAAAGGAUGAAGUAUUAAUGGAACUGAAAUUAGAUAUGAAAAGAAAGUCUUGGAUAUUUUGUUU